AUCAAAAAUUUGAUCAGAUCAGUGCUCAGGCUUCCACGGUAUUAGACUGUUCUUAGUAACCAGGCCAUGUACCAAGUCUGUUGUCCAGUGUUUUGGUGGUACGCCAGGGGUUCAGUAGAUAAAGAUAUUAGCCAGUACCAAUCGUUGAUAAUUUCAUCGUUCAAAGGUAAGAGAAUGGAUGAACAAGAAGAAAAGAAAUCUAAAGAGGAUGUUGACAAYACUAAUACUGAUGGAARUAAAAAGAAAAAAAAGARGAAAAAAGACAAAGAAAGAAAAACAAUUAAAGAAAAUGUAUUUCAAUCAAACAUAGAGGCUGACCUUGAAGACAACYAUGACGARGAAAAGUUGACCAYUAGUAGAGAAAUGUCAAAGAAAAAGAACAAAGCUAAGAAAAAGAAGUCAGAAAAAGAAGAGAUAAAUGAAAGCUCUUCAAGUGAAAGUGAAGGGAAAAGCCAUGCUAAGAAAAAGAAAUGUAAAGAUAAGAAAAGCAAAAAGUUUGAAAAGGACAGUAAUGAAAGCAGUGCUUCUGAUUCAAAUUCUGAAAGAAAAAGAAAAAGAAGUGAGGUCAAAAGUAAUGAUACAAGGAAAAAAGAGCAAAACUAUUCUAGUGAAGACAGCRAAUCUAACAGUGACACUGAUGAGCCUACAAAAAAGAAAAAGAAACUUAAAAAGAGCAAAAAGGACUGUCCUGACAAAGCGAAAAAGGCUAAGAAAAAAGAUCAGAAGAGUUCAAGUGAUGACAAUGACAGUGAUACUGAAGAGCCAAGGAAACAGAAACUCAAGAAGACAGAAAAAAAUGAGAUGAACAAGCCAGAAGAGUCCAAGAAAAAACACAGAAAAAGUUGUAGCGAAGAGAGUGAAAGCAACACCAGUGAUUCCGAUGAACCAAGGAUGAAGAAAAAGAAACUUGACAAGAACAAAAAGGAGUCAUUGGAUAAACCAAAAAAGGCCAAGAAAAAACACAAAAAGCAAAARAGUAGCAGUGAAGAUAGUGAAAGUGAUUCUUCUUCAGAUGAAGAAUCAAAGAAAAAGAARCAAAAGCACAAGAAGCGAGAAAAGAGUGAAAAGGAUGAAAAAAAGAAAAGCAGAAAAGAGAAGAGAAAAAAGUCUGAACAAGAUCAGUCURCUGGAAGAGGAGAAAGUGCUUCAUACUUUCCACCCACUCUUGGUAAUCAGUUCAACAACUGGGGCAAUGCAUCGUUCGAAAGUGAUGAGCGAAAAGAGAAAUUUCUCCGACUUAUGGGAGGCUUUAAGAAGUCCAGCAAGCCUGAAUCAGGUCAAACCUCGAGUCAGGCUAGCAAAACUUUUGGCGCAAUGUCGAAGAGGCGGGAAACGGAAUAUAAUAACGCUCUAGAGGAACAGUACAAGAGAGCGUUUGAUUUUACUCGAUCAAGUCGUGGUCGUGGCUUGGGAUAUGAUCCUAAUUUAGAUCCUGACAACAAGACAUUUUGUAUUGACAAACAAUCCAGGUCUACUAAGCUAUAAGAGAAAAACAGAUUGAAAAUGCUGUUUCUUGUAGGUGACUUACUGGUUGGCUGUACUGAAGUUUGUUAUCAUCGCAGCAUGUUAUCAGAAAGAGAGAUAAAGAAAGCAAGAUAAACACGAAUGAUCUCCAAAUCAGUUUUAAUUUUAAUUUAGCCAAUAUUGACAAGUUAAAUUAAGGUUGAUGUAAUUACUGUCAAAAAGGGUACGGUUCUUCCGCAGAUCAAUUACAUUUCGUACAACUUCACAAUUUUCAGGAAAGAAUGAUUUGGAUAAGAUGAAAAAGAAAAUAGUCUUUUUUGUUGCUAUUAAAAUGUCGAGUAUAAUCUUUC